AUGCUGCCCAGGGCAGCUCGAUCGCCUUGCGUGCGCAUCCCCGCACGCUUCAUACGGCGCGGUCCCGUCGCACCGCGCUCUUCGCCAUGGCUGCCUGCAGCCUACAGCGCCCAGCUGAGGGCGUUUUCGACCACCCACAAAGGCCCGUUACUGAAGCAGGCCAUCGAAGAGCCACCUAUCGAACGAAAACCACCGAAUCCUGCUGCCACGCCGUCGACACCAUCCUCGACGGACGCGGCUGUCGCGCAAUCUCCGAAAGAUGCCCCGAAGGCCUCCGAUUCGGACAAGAAGAAGAAGAAGAAGGAUUUGCUCAGUGAGAGCACGGUCGCGACUAGAGAGCAGAGGAAAGCCGAUUGGGCAAUAAUGAAGGAAAUGGCGAAGUACCUUUGGCCAAAGGAUGACUGGGGUACUAAGCUUCGUGUCGGAAGUGCAUUGUCACUAUUAGUAGGAGCCAAGAUUCUGAACGUCGAAGUGCCCUUCUAUUUCAAGAGUAUUGUCGACUCGAUGAAUGUGGAUUUUGCGACUCUAGGGGGAACUGCAUACACGGUGGCGGGGUCCAUGAUCAUAGCCUACGGAGUAACCAGGAUCGGCGCUACCCUAUUCCAAGAACUUCGAAAUGCCGUCUUUGCAAGCGUUGCCCAAAAAGCGAUCCGCCGAGUCGCACGAAAUGUUUUCGAGCAUCUCCUUCGAUUGGACUUGAACUUCCACCUCUCCCGUCAGACCGGUGGACUGACGAGAGCCAUUGACCGAGGAACCAAGGGUAUUAGCUUCCUUCUGACAUCCAUGGUAUUUCACGUGGUACCAACGGCUCUGGAGAUCUCCCUUGUGUGUGGCAUAUUGACCUACCAAUAUGGAGUCCAGUUCGCGGCUAUUACGACUGCCACUAUGGUCGCCUACUCGGCUUUCACGAUCACUACGACUGCCUGGAGAACGAAGUUCCGAAAGCAGGCCAACGCGGCAGACAACCGUGGGGCCACGGUGGCCGUGGACUCCCUGAUUAAUUACGAGGCCGUCAAGUAUUUCAACAAUGAGAAGUUUGAGGUCGCGCGCUACGACAAGGCGCUCAAGGCCUACGAAGAUGCUUCCAUCAAGGUGACCACGUCGUUGGCGUUCCUCAACUCUGGCCAGAACAUGAUCUUCUCCAGCGCCCUCGCAGCGAUGAUGUACCUUGCGUGCAAUGGAGUUGCCAGCGGUGCUCUGACCGUCGGUGACCUGGUCAUGGUCAACCAACUCGUCUUCCAACUGUCGGUUCCGUUGAACUUCCUGGGCUCCGUCUACCGCGAAUUGCGCCAGUCCUUGCUGGACAUGGAGACGCUAUUCAACCUACAAAAGGUCAACGUGAACAUCAUCGAGAAGCCGAAUGCGAAGGCGCUCGAGCUCCGGCAAGGUGGCCAAAUCACAUUCGAAAAUGUCACUUUUGGCUACCACCCCGAACGGCCCAUUCUGAAGAACGCGAGCUUUACGAUCCCUGCUGGCCAGAAGUUUGCCAUCGUGGGGCCUAGCGGUUGCGGCAAGUCGACGAUCUUGAGACUUUUGUUCCGCUACUACGAUGUUCAGCAAGGCCGAAUCCUGGUUGAUGGACAGGAUAUUCGCGACGUGACGUUAGACAGUCUCCGAAAGGCAAUCGGUAUUGUACCCCAAGACACGCCCCUGUUCAACGAUACCAUCGCGCAUAACAUCCGCUAUGGUAGAAUCGACGCGACCGACGAAGAAGUACACAAGGCCGCACAGCGAGCACGGAUUCACGAAUUGAUUGAGCGCCUUCCGGAUGGAUACAAGACGGCCGUCGGAGAGCGCGGUAUGAUGAUUUCUGGCGGCGAGAAGCAACGGCUGGCCAUUUCUCGCCUGAUCCUAAAAGACCCCAAGCUCCUCUUCUUUGACGAAGCAACAUCGGCACUGGAUACAUACACGGAACAGGCGCUCCUGCAGAACAUUAACAGCAUCCUGAAAGAAAAGGGGCGUACUAGUGUCUUCGUUGCCCAUAGACUGCGGACUAUCUGUGACUGCGACCAGAUCCUGGUUCUGAAGGAGGGUAGCGUGGCGGAGAUGGGGUCGCACCGUGAACUUCUCGACCAGAGCGGCAUCUACGCGAAGCUAUGGAAUGCCCAGGAAACGUCCCUGGCAGAAGACCAGGAAAGUGAACGUGACGCCGAGCUUGAAGAAGAGAUCUCGGAGGUGCGACAGAAGUAG